GCUUAGUGAAACCCAAUCGCACUUUACAACACUCCUCAAAGCAGCCGGCUCAUUUUUGCUUGGAUUUUUUGCAAAAUGUCUUCGCCUGCUCCAAAAUCCCCAGAACUCUCGGACAAGAGCAAGAAAUAUGACAGGCAAAUCAGGUUGUGGGGCGAGCAUGGACAGACGCUUUUGGAGGCGGCCACUGUUUGCUUGGUAAACGUUACGGCAGUGGGUUGUGAAACUGCCAAGGGACUUGUUCUCCCCGGAAUUGGAGGAUUUACAGUCGCCGAUGGCAGUACGGUUAAAGAAGAGGACCUCGGCAACAAUUUCUUCCUAGAUCCCACUUACUUGGGGAAACCCAAGGCUUUCGCCUGCAUGCAACUGUUGCAGGAGCUUAAUCCCGAUGUCAAUGGAGAUUACGUUGAGGAAAGUGCCGAUUACAUAUUGGCCAAUCGACCAAACUUCUUUGAUAGCUUCGAUCUGGUCAUAGCCUCGAACCUGAAUGAGAAAACGCUUCUUGUCUUGGCCGAUCGCCUGUGGGAUGCCAAUGUGCCCUUGAUAUACUGUCGAUCCUUGGGAAUGAUGGGAACCAUUCGCCUGCAGAUACGUGAACAUUGCAUCGUAGAAGCCCACCCAGAUAACAGGCAGUUUGACUUGCGGCUGGAACAUCCGUUCGAUGCCUUAAGACAACAUCUGGACGGUACGGAAGUCACUAAUAAAGUUCCCUGGCUGUUGGUACUCCACAAAUAUCUAAGUAUCUGGCAAAAGCAGCAGACGGAUGGCACUCUGUCCCCAAGAAAUUACAAGGAGAAGAAUCAGCUUCGCGAAGCCAUAAGAGAUGAGAUGAAAGCGGACGAAGAGAACUACGAAGAGGCUAUCAAAGCGGUGAAUACGGCUUUUGGUGCUGGGCAGAUUCCCUUAGGGCUUAAAGCCAUUUUCGAGGAUGAUGCUUGCGACCAGCUUAGUAAAAAGAGUAAUGUUUUCUGGAUUAUGGCUAAAGCCCUGAAGCACUUUGUCAUUCACGAAAACAAGGGACAUUUGCCCCUGCCUGGAGUUCUUCCGGAUAUGACUGCAAAUACUGAUUCAUAUAUAGCCCUCCAGCAUAUUUAUCGUCAGCAGGCUAUGCAAGACGCCGAUCAGGUCUACCAUAAAUGUCAGGACUACCUAAAGCAGUUGACGCUUCCAGCGGACACUAUUGAUAAGCGAAGCGUACGCCUUUUAUGUCGGGAAGCUGCGGGGCUAUCCGUCCUAAGGGGUACACGUGUCGCAGAAGAGUACGAGAAGAGCUCUCGUUUGCUGGCCUUGGUUGAAGAUAACGAGCUGCAAGGAAACCUAACCGCGUUUAACUUUGCGCUACGAGCUUAUGAGCGCUUCUUGAGUGAGUACGGAAACAUUCCUGGAGAGUGCACUGUGGAACAGGAUAUUGGACGGCUCAAGAGCAUCGCUGGCAAAAUGAUGAGCGAUCUGGGCAUGCAUGCAACUAUAAGCGAUGAUGUCUUGCACGAGAUUUGUCGCUAUGGCGGAGCUGAGUUGCAUGCAGUGUCUGCUUUUAUAGGUGGCUGUGCUGCCCAGGAAGUGAUAAAGGUGAUUACCAAACAAUACAAGCCCAUUGAUAAUACUUUUAUAUAUAAUGCUAUAACCACUAAAAGUGUAACGUUGAAGCUAUAAAUAAACCGCAUUUUCGUAGAAAA